AUGGCUUCUGAUCAGCAACGCCCGCCACGAAUUCUAGCUUGUGUUUUGUGCCAACAGCGCAAGAAGAAGUGCGACCGCAAGAGCCCGUGUUCAUUUUGUGUCAAGGCAGGAAUACAAUGCAUCCCAAGUACACCAGCUCCCAAGCGGAGUCGUCGCAAACCUACAAAAGAACUCCUCGCAAGACUUGAGCGAUGCGAAGAGCUCCUCAAGAGAUGUACUUGCGUACAAAAGUCUCUGAUGUAUAGCUCCUAUGAGCAUAGAGAUAUGGCAAGUCCUACAUAUACGAGUACGGAUGGUAGUAAUGGGAGUGCGUCGCCGGAAAGAGAGAAGAUUGGGGCUUGA